CCCGAUCCAAAAUCUUCAAUUGUUGUUCCACAAUCUGCAUUUUUCUUCCAUGUUCGGCAAAGAUCAUUUUUUCCAAUUAAUUUACUUAUCAGUCUGAAUUUAAAAGAAGAAGAAAGAAGAGAAGAGUCAUGGCAGGCAAAGCUGCUGGUUCAGUGACGAAGGCUGUAGGUGGAUAUCAGUAUCCAUGGCGUGAGAAGUUGGCAAAGUAUAAGGAUGAACUUGCCAAGGGUGUCUGGGGAUACUGGGAGCUCGGAGCAUGGAAACCACUUAUUAGUGCUCGCCGUAGGGCUCGGUUGCGCAAGGAAGUGCUUCUUGCUGGGGAAGAUUGGCCAUAUGAUCCGGAGAGGAAGGAGAUGAAAACCAGAAGAAAAGGACAUAAAUGUGACAGGAUAGCUGCAGAAAAAAGGGAGAACACUGCAAGAUUGAUGGAGAAGAUGCCAUACAUGUUGCUGGAUUACAAGAAGCGCAGGUGGGAGAAGAAGAUGAAGGAAGAAGACAAAGGCAAAUAGUAACUUUUCUGUGCAAUUUUGCUCUGUGCUUACUUCUUCCUAUUUUUUUUAUUCCAUGGCUUGGAAUCUUGAGAAACCUAAAGAUAUUACCACUACUCAUCCAGACUAAUUCAAACUUCAGUUGUGUGAGAGUGUUAUUAUCAACAGUAGUCUCACAUGUAUCUCUAAGAUGCUUUUGUCAUUUUAAUUUAAUAUGACUACAUAUUUUAAGAUUAGAAUCUAAAAUCCUAAUAUAAGCUGAUUCCAACCAGUUGAACCUAGAAUGUCUCAGCUAGUGCUUCUGGAUUUUAGCUUAGAA